CAAAAGCCCUGUAAGGUAUAGUAUAAUAUUCCUCUGACGCAGCUGGGGAGCUGAGGUUGAGAAGAAGCAGGUUGCCCACAUUCAUGGCAAAGGGAAGAUUCAACUUUGGAAGGUUCUGGUUUGUAGCCCAGCCACUAUACUACACCAGAGUUCUGUUUACCUAGUAUACAUAUGUAGUAUUUAUGUAUGUUGUAUUUGUAAAAUGGGUUUAGAUAACUUUCUGUGUUGCUACAAGCACCGUGAAGUUGUGACUGUGGGUGUGGCUUGGCCACAUAAAUCUGCUAGGAGGCAUAUGUGAUUUUAUUGCAUGUUGAGAGGCAUGUGUAGAUUCUAUUCCACACAGUGCAAGAGGAAGAUUGCAAGUUUUUAUUUAAACGCCCAACUCCAAAUUAGAUGGUAGUCAAGCAUGCUUCCCCAGUAUACAGGUAAGGUUGAAAACUGGAUGUGGUGGGACAGUUUUACUUAUCACCUUCGACUGUUCGCACGGCUAAUUAUAUGGCAUGCACAGUGAUGUAGUUGCAAAUUCAGACGUGCAGGCGCUCUCCAUGACAACACCCCCCCCAUGGCCAUGCCUACCCCUACAGCCAGAGAAGCCGGGAAGUACCAGUGCUCCGUCCCUGCGUGUCCCCCACUCCACUACACCCCUAGGCAUGCAUGUCUAGGCAUCAUUACUACUUUGGGGGAAAUUACAGGGAAUUUCUUCAGUCUUCACAGGAAGGAGCUGAGUAUGCUUAGCUUGGAGUGGAGAAGACAAAGAGGAGACGAACGACAGCCAUCUUCAAAUACCCGAAAGGCUGUCAGCUCCUGUCACAAUGUCAAAAAAGGCAAAAACCCAAGAAAGCAUCAGCACACCAGAGCAUACUUCUAUCCAACUAAGUGAGACCACCAUGGAUUGUUUGUUAAGAACGGCAGCCUUUACUUUAAAAGAACUGGAGAUACCACGAGAGAAGAUCUGUCUCGAGUCAGUGGAAUUUAUCCAAAAUGGCAGCUUUGGAGGAAUCUACAGAGCAGAACUGAGGACCAACAUUCCUGGGAAAACUCAGCCAGUCAUACUGAAAGCAUUGCAGGACGCGGCCAGCUCCCAUGAGCUUAAAGAUUUCCUAGAAAAGAUUGAAUUCUAUCAGUUCCUUGGUUCUCAUGCAAACAUCGUUAAGCUUCUAGGAUGUUGUACAAACCAGAUGCCCCUUUACAUGGUGUUGGAGGAUGCUUCCAACGGAAAUCUUCUGAACUUCCUUUGGACUUGCCGGAAGGAUAUAGUGACUAUGGACGGAUUGCCUUUUGACCUUACUGAGAGACAGGUAUAUAAAAUUGGACAACAAAUUGCAUCAGCUCUGGAAUUUCUCGAGCAAAAGAAGCUGUUCCAUGGCGAUGUGGCAGCCAGGAAUAUUCUCAUUGGUCGUGAAGUUACUGUGAAGCUCUGCAGGCUAGGACUGGCAUACAGAAGGCAUACCAGCGGCCCCAGCUCUAUAAUGGCCCAGACUGUUCCACUCAAGUGGCAGGCUCCAGAGCAGCUCCUGAAGAAGUCGCGCGACAUCAAGUCAGACAUAUGGUCCUUUGGGAUCUUCCUAUAUGAGAUGAUCACAUUAGGAGCUCCACCAUUUCCGGAGGUUCCCCCAGCUGAAAUUUUACAAUACCAUCAGAGGCGGCAUAUCAUGAAGAGGCCUUCAAGCUGUAACCCAACCAUGUAUAACAUGAUGAAGGCCUGCUGGCAUUGGGCUCCAACAGACCGUCCAUCUCCCACCAAACUGAUCGGGCAGCUGCAAACCGCCAUCAAGACCAGCAAUGACCAGGCUGUACUGCAGGUGCCUGAGCUGGUGAUGCCAGAACUGUAUGCUGUUGUCGCUGGAAUUGAUAUCCGCGAUCUUGCCAUUGACUAUACAGUGUUCUGAAAGAUGCUUUUUCAUAUUGUACGGAAAACAGGUUUGUCUUUGAGAACACAGGGCUCUGAGGUGCCUGAAAUGAAGGACUCUGAAAAGAUAGAGGCUGACAGUCUGUCUAAUACUGUCUCUGUGCAACUAAAAAAAGCACAUGUGCAAAUGAAGUGCUCUCAUUUCUGAAGCAUGGGUGCUUGUGUGGGGGAGGACAACUUUCCCUAAUCUCUCCUUCCCACAGAAACACUCUGUGCAGUGCGCAAAUAUGUCCUCAAUGGCUGUGUGACCCUCAGGGACACAGUUGUACAUUGCACAGAGUGCUUCUAGAAGAAGAGUUCUUCAUUAGGCUAUACACACACAGUGUUAGGUUGUUGGCCAAUAUCCUUCACACCGCUCAUUACAUAAUGCUUGUUUUUUGAUCUAGUCUUCCAUGUCUUCCCAUGUCAACAUGGCAGCACUAAAGAGAGACUAAAUAUGUAGAUAUCAAAUGGAUAGAUAAAGCUUAUUUUUGUUUCCCCAGUUAACAAAAAAAGAAACGAAAACAUUGUGCUGGAUAUUAAGAAACCUUUUCUAGUAGUUAUAGGGCCACAGUAGUUGAGACAGAUAGAUUGCAUUCCACCAUUAUAACCAAAGUAGGAAUUGGGGGUAGGGCGGAGUACAUGCUAUCAUGCUUAUAGUACAUGCUUAUAGAUAGAAACUGGCUCAGUUUAUUCUUGAAAUUUGCCAGUGUAACAGAGGUAGGUUUGAGGAUGACCCAUGCUAAUUUUGAAGUAGAAAGGUUAACAAAUGGUUAGCAAGAUGGUUAACAAAAGGUUAACAGAUAUAGGAGUUUAAAUUUGCUGAGUGACUUUAGCAAUGUGUCAGAUUUGUGUCUUUUUCCCCUCAUGGAUUUUGCUAGGGUUGGACUUGUUUAGGUGACUUCAUUUGUACUUUUCUCUUUUGGGAAGUUGUGUGUGUGUGUGUGCGUACGCAUGCAUGCUCAAGGGGACUAUCUGGUAUGUCCAUUGCCUUCCUGGUAUUACUGGAGUUUUGUGGUGUGUGUGUUUUUAUUACUGCAGGGUGACAGUUAGGGUAUUGCCUCUCAGCAACAAUGCACCGAGUAGGCAUGCCCCAGUAGGGACUCUCAAAAGUCAAGAACUGUUGUGAUAGUGGGGGGGGGGGGUUAUGCUGAGGUACUGGAGGAGGAGAUGGUGGUGGUGGUGAUUCCCCAUCUUGUCCCUCAACAAAAAUUACUGUUAUGGGGUUACCCCUUUCAACGUAAUUUCUGCCUCCUUGACUGUGCUAUGUUUGGGGCUCUCUCUACCUGCUUAUCAUAUAGAUAAUGGUAUAAGGCAAAUAGUAGUUUCAAAAAGGCAGUUUUAAUGAGAAGAAUGAAGAGCAGGAUAGGCCAUUUUUCCAGCCACUUGGCAACCCUGAGAAUUAAUUGACAAUGUGGACAAUCACAAUAUAGAGCAGGUUAAAUGUUUUAAGUAUCUGGUUGUGCUGGUUUAAGACUGCAAUAAAAGAUUUGGUUUGGUAAGCAUUUGGGGGUCAUAUUUCAGGAUUCUGGGAGGAAGACUGCCCAAAUUAGGUAUGCUGCUGCUCAGGCACAGAGAAGUGCAUCAGCAACUCUCAACUUCCACAAGCGGCAAGGAGGGAUGUUUAUUCCAGCCACCAUCAACGUAUUUAAGGUGAAGUCGAUGGCUGGCAGAUAUAGCAGAAUUCCAACUGAGCAGAGAUAUUGCCCCUGUAUCUCUGAGGAGAUCAAAUCAGUUGCUCAUGUGCUCCUGUGGUGGGUCUUUUAUAUAGGUCUUAGGCGAAGGUUAAUUGACCCUAUUUUACAUAACCUGCUAGGACAAUCAGAUGAAUUAUAUUAAAUAUCUAACAGAUGUGAUUGUGAAUCCAUCUGUCACACACACAGUUGCGAAAUUCUGUUCUGCAAUACAAGUUCGACGUGCUCUGCUUGCUAACAGUUAGAUCCAGUGUACAGAUAUGUUAUCAAUAUGGCUAUGUUUAAAUUUUACAUUUGUUUUAAAUGUUUUGAUGUUGGUCAAAGAGCGGAAUAAAGACUGACUGACUGAAUUGAAAA